AUGAUUUUUAGGCCUGCGAAAAUCGAGUGCGAUGGAAAUCCGCUGAGGGUCUAUAACCUGAGAUGCAAUGUAAAGGCCAUCAGCUGGAACUUGGCGUUGGUUAAUUUGACCGCGGACUUGAUAAAGCCCAUCCGGAACCCCAUAGUGCAUUUGCAAGUUCUCAAGAAGGACUAUGCCAACCAGUACAAGCCGUUCCUAAUUGACGUGACCUUCAACAUAUGCCAAGUGAUCGAAAGAAGGAACUUCCUCCCAUACGGCGUGAUCAUGUUCAAGCUUUUGAAACGAUAUUCGAAUAUCAAUCACACCUGUCCCUAUUCGGGUCGCCUCUUUAUGCAGAAUGGUUACCUGGACCACGAUUUACUUCCGCCGUUUCCCCAGGGCUUCUACCUAUUUAGCUGCGAGUUCUUCGAUACAAAUUCCACCACUAAAGACUAUUUGGGCACUGCCAAGUUCUACGUUGAAGUCAUGGAAAUGGUUAAGAGCAAGAAGAGGCCAAAAGCCUAA